AUGAAAAUUUAAAUUAAAUUUUAUGAGUAGUCAAUAACUCAUGAAUAAUUUAUUUACCUGAACAUAAAGUAUGUGUUUGUCCUUAUAAUACUAUUGAUCAUUAAAUUUGUCUAUGUUAUAAAGAAACUAAUUUACAAUUUAUUGAAGAACCUUUCAUAAAUACUGAAUGUUUAUAUGGUUAUUUUGAAUUAGAUAAUGAAUGCUACAGAUGGUAAUUUAUAAAUAAUAUAUAAAUAGUCCUUCAAUGA